AUGGAGGUGGUGGGGGAGGAAAGACGCUCUCCACACGAUCAUGUGGAUCGGUGUGUUCCCGAGAGCUUCUUUGAUCGCGUAACGCAAGGGUUACGCGACGAUCUCGAACAUGAGCGGAAUAGGCGUCUCCAAAUGGCGGACACUGCCUCGAAGCAUCGAGCUGAGUUUACCUUUGCUCAGCUCGAGAACGAGAGAUCUCUGACAUCUCUUCGUGACGAGCUAAGGGUAGCUCGUGGGAUUGUUGAUCGGUCUCGGGAUGAGAUAACUGCUCUCCAGACCCUUGUCGAUUCCCACCAUCGGGAGCACAAGGCUCUCUGCGAGAUGCUUGAGCUCAAGGGCGUUCUUCAUCGGAAGAAGCAGCGUACUGAUGGUACGGCUUAA